AUGAAUGAAAGACUUUUUCGCCUACCAUUUGAAUCAAAUGAUGAUGAGCUUGGUCCGUGGGAUGUUUUGCUCAGUAAUGAUGCAAUUGCAGAUAUGAGAAAAUUAGAGCCCCUUGCAAUCAAAGCAGUUAUGGAGAAACUAAUGCAAAUGUCAAGCGGAAAAUGGAAUAAGUAUGGAUUGCAACAUACUGUACAAUCUUGCAUUGUACCUAUUUAUGAGGUGGAACUUCCAGAUUAUGGUGGCUUGAAGAUUCUCUGGCAGGUCGAUUAUGGAUUCUCUAUUCGUAAAAAUUCACUCAUGCAACAUGUGGCGAUUUGGACAGUCACUGUAAACCAAGAGCAAAUCAACGAAAUAUUAGAAAAUGUUUCAUUACUUCAUCAAGUCUACACUCCUGAACAUAAAUACCGGUGCACAUUGCAACAACAGAUUGGCAAAGGUAAUAUCAUUUUACCAUCCUUUGGAGAUGAAGAAGCAACAAGGUCUACCCAGAGCAGAUUGAGGUGGAACCAAACAGAUGAUGAAAAUUUGUUAAAGGUUCAUGAAAUGCUUGCCACAAAUAAAUUUGUACCAUUAUCAAAGAACUUAUUUAGGUCACUUGUCAGGGGUGGUACCGAUUUUACCUUUCAGGUAUCUAAGCUUGAGUAUGAAAUUAUUAACCAUCCUUCAUCAGCAAUUGUCAUUGGUCGUUCUGGAACUGGAAAAACCACAUGUAUUAUGUUCAGACUUCUUGGUUCAUAUCUGACUAGUCAACUCAAUGAGAUGCCAUCUUCAAAUGACAACAAUGCUAAUUCUCACAAAAGGCAAAUAUUCAUUACAUUGAGUGAAAACCUGUGCUGUAGAGUAAAAGAAUAUUUCAACAAACUGCAAGGGUCAGCAAAACUUACUAAUGAAAAAAUGUCUAUGGCUCAAUUUUAUGAGAGCGUAAAUAGAAAAGGUUGUAGUAAUAUUGAUGUGAAAAAUGUGACAAAACGGGGAAAGGGAAAUAUUGUGGAUUAUACUCCAAACUCAUUUCGUCAACUGACAAAAGGCCAUUUCCCAUUGAUAAUUACCUACAAAACAUUGAUUGAUAUGCUUCUGAAAACUUAUGACAUUAAUCUACCAAAUCCAACCAAAAAACCAAAUUUUGAUACAGAUGACAAUGCAUCAUGGAAACAUUUUGUAGACUACAGACUCUUUGCAAAAAAAUAUUGGUGUCAUUUCAAUGAUUAUUAUAGAAAGAACUUUGAUUGUGGGCUGGUCUUCUCUGAAUUUUCUAUCAUUAAGGGCUUUGAUUCUGAGGGUGAAUACCUAUCAAGGGAAGAUUAUCAAGUCAUCAGCACUAAAAAAUUCCCAACAUUUUGCUAUAAUCGAGAUGAAAUUUAUGAUUUAUUUCUAGAAUAUGAAAAGAAGAAGACCUUGAAUUUUGACUAUGACUCAAUAGAUCUGACUAUUAAGAUCUUACGUCAUGCCAAGAAGGAACCACUUGGUGGUUUGCAAAUUCAUGAAUUAUAUAUUGAUGAGUGCCAGGACAAUAGCAUUGUGGAUUUAGCACUUAUUUUAAAGCUCUUUGAACAUGCUGACAACAUUUUUUUUGCUGGAGAUAUAGCACAAUGUAUUUCAAGGGGAUCAUCUUUCCGAUUUCAAGAUCUGAAGGCUUUAGUAUAUAAAUGGGAACUUGAUCGAUCCAAAUUUAUUUACAAUCAACCUAGUGCCAUAAUGCCAAAGCAGUUUGAAAUGAAUAUUAAUUAUCGUUCUCACAAUGGGAUCCUUAGACUUGCUUCAUCAGUAAUUGAUCUCAUCUCUCACUUUUUUCCUGAGUCAAUUGACAAGCUGCCACGUGAGCAUGGUGAAGUUGGUGGUCCUCGACCAAUUGUUUUUGAAGGGUUUGAUUCUAAAGCAUUCUUUUUCCAUGAGGAUGAGAAUGAGUCAAGUAAUAUUGAAUUUGGUGCUAGUCAGGUCAUUAUUGUACGUGAUGACAAAACUAAAGAGCAUUUGAAGGAAAAAAUUGGUGAAGAAUUUGGAUUGAUAUUGACUGUGUUUGAGUCCAAGGGCAUGGAGUUUAAUGAUGUGUUCUUGUAUAAUUUUUUUGCUGAUUCAUUUGCACAUUCAAAGUGGCGAGUAAUUUUCUCUGCUUUUGGCAACCAUUCAAAAGGAAUUCAAGACUUUUAUCAUGAAAAGCAUUACAUCCUUUCCUCAGAGCUUAAAAAUCUUUAUGUUGCAGUAACAAGAGCACGUCAGAGAAUUUGGAUAUAUGAUGAAAACACUGUAUCAAGGGAGCCAAUUUGCAUGUAUUGGGAGCACCAUGGAUUGAUCAAUAUAAUUGUGAAUGAAAAUGAAAAUGAUACUUUAUCUAAUUUGGAUGAGGAAGGAAGUGGUAGCCCAUAUCAACAUCACUCUAAACAAGCAAAAAUUGCUUUGUCUACUUUGGCUGAGAAAAAGAAAAGCGGACCAGAUGAAUGGAAUCAGCAAGGAAAUAAUUUUUUUGAAAGACAGCAAUAUGACCAGGCUGUUUUUUGCUUCAAAAAAAGUAAAAAUAAAGAGAAUGAAGAGUUAGCAGAAGCAUAUCUUCUUCAGCAGGUUGCCAGAGAUUCUAUAUAUGAUGAUGAUGAUGCUGCUGUGGAUACCAAUUUUGUUCGUGCUGCUGAGGCCUUCAUAAAAUGUUCAAUGCCAAUUGAAGCAGCUUCAUGCUAUCAGGAGAUCAGUAUGCAUGAAAAAGCUGGUGAUGUUUGUGUAGAGUAUGGUAUGCUUGAGCAUGCUGCUGAUUGUUAUUUUAAAGCCAAAAAAUGGGAUAAAGCAGGCACUAUUUAUCUAAAGUUGGAGAAGUAUAACAAAGCAUUUAUUGCUUAUAAAAAUGGUAAAUUUUAUAAAGAAGUAAAUACUUUGGUGCAAAGAUACAGGCAAAAAAUUGAUGAGAAUCAUAUUAGCACUCAUUAUCGAUCUGUUGCCAGAGGACUAUGCUCAUGUGGCAAGUUUGAAGAGGCCAUUGAUAACAUCAUCAUCUUGAAAGAGGCCAAUUCAGAAGACCUCGAAGUGUUAAAGUGCAUCUUACAUCUAUGCAGGGUUAAUAUAAUAAAAAAUAUAUUGACAUUUUCAAAUACCAAAGAAGUAGUAAAUAGCCUCUUUUACAUGGCAAAAAAUUUUGUCAAGAAAUUCAAAUCACAAUUAUUAGAAAAAUCUGAGCAAUGGAAAAGCUUGAUGAAAGAAAUUCAAUUAUACUCAGCUUAUUUAAAUAAGGACCUCAAUAGUGCUAAUGAGUGUAUACAAUUUUUUAGAAAUAAUCAAGAGCCUGUUACUGAAUUUUGUGCAGUAAAUAUAUGUCUGCAAAUCAUUCCUCAAUCAGUAGAGCACUGGCAUGAAUGGCUUCAAUGUCUGUUAAGGUUAUGUGAACUAACUUUUCUUUUUAUAGCACCACAUCAAAAUGCUGACAAUGUUAAGAAAAUUCAUAAGUAUUUAAAGGAGAUUUUCUUUGUAAAAAGUGAUUCACAUGAAUGGAAAGUUUUUUUAAGCAACCCAUUCCUUAAUAUAUGGGACAAAAAUAUUCAACAUAAAAUCACAGAUGAUGGGCAUGUUUAUAAUAUAAAUAGUUUGCACAUGAAAAUGAAGCAAUUCCUUGCCUCAUAUAUCUUUAAGCUCAUCUGUGAUGUUGACAAGAAAAGUAGACAAAUUCCAAAUAUAUAUUCCCAUAUCUGUCACUGUCAAAACUCAAGUUGUGAAAAUCAUCAUGCAAUCCCAACACCAUUAAUUCUGAAACAACACUUGGAACUUGUAAGCCUUAACCAUACUAUUAUUCAACAGAUAGAUAUAAUGUACCAUUGCAAGGGGCUUCUUAGCAAGGAGCAAAGUGAAAAAGUUCCUGGGAUGCAAGGGUGGUGGACUGAAAAACUAGUUGAAAUUCGUAUUCGUUAUCUAUCACCACAAAUAAGCUGCCCUGAAAUGUCUCGGAUGAUGCUUUCAAAACUUCUUAUACACACAUAUUCUGGUUUUAUCAGUUAUGUUCAAAAUAUAUGGAUAACUAAAGAGCUCAAGGUUGACAACUUUGCAGUCAUGCUAAAAUGCAUAUUUAUUCUACAACAGCUAAAGGACAAGCAGGGCAUUGAUAUGUUUGAUUUGGAAAUGUCAAAAAUAAAAGAGCUUUCACAACCUGAUGAAUCACUCAUUGGUUUUGAGGAGUACCAUGGGUACAAAUAUUAUGAAGUAAUUCCAGUUGGAAAACGACUUUCAUUACUCUUUGAGCAUCUCUAUAAAAACUAUGUUAUUGAUGCAAUUUUACAUGCAGGUGUGUUUAUUCAAUAUGCUUUAGACAAUACCAAAAUGGUCCAUCUGGAUAACUCUGAUUCUUUAGGUGAUCUUGUAUCUCUUAUGGAGUUUAAAAUGUCUUUGGUUUUCAUGGCUAGUCCUGAAUAUUGUGAUUUUUGUCUUCCUCUAGCAUAUCUUGUUAAUUAUUUUAAAGCAUUCACUGUGAAGCCACUCUUUUUUAAUCUUAAUCAAAAAAACUCUUAUUACAAAGAGGAUUAUCUAGCUGCAAUCAAUGAUUCUUUUAAUCAAGUUAAACAACUUCUGGAACAGGAGGCAAUGUCACUUUUUCACCUUAUGAAAAUUUUGAAUGAAGACUUAAAAGAAAAUGGCCUUGACUCUCUAGUUAUUGUCCAUUAUAAUUGGGGUGGGAUCUCAAAAUUUUCCAAAUAUGAGAGCCAUGGUAUUGUAAAACUUACAUACUCUUCUAUUGAUGAAUUCAAUUCUGCUCUUCAACAAAUAUCACCAUCCAUUGCUGUUGUUUUUGAUAAUAUUUGGCACCAGGAUAUUUUUAAAGAGAAUGAAGGAAGAGGUUCAAUUGUAGAUUCAAUUAUGAAGCUAAAUGAGAUGCAGUGCAAAAUGGAUGGAACCAAAGUCAAGUUACAUAAAAGAAUUAAUAAUUCUCCUGAUAUGGAUAUUGCUGAAGAAUGUGUUGACCUGUUGGAAGAACUUGAGCUUACCCAUUAUGAAAAUAUUAAGCAAGCAUUGAAUUCAUUGUCACCAACUUGGGAUGUAAAGGAAUCCAAGCAAGAAGAUGUCGAAUGGUUAGAAAAUAAAUUACAAGAGGUGGACAAUAUAAUUAAUCAGGUUUAUAAAUGGCUUGAUGAGUGCAAAGACGUAAUGAAUUAA